AGCAUUUUUGUGUUUACUUUUUUGCCGCAAGUUUCCCUCAAAUCUCAAUCUUAAUUUAUAUGUUGCAAGAGAUUUUAUAUUUAUAAUUUCAAAAUAUUUUCAACUAUUGUACCUAUUGGUCUAAAUUUGUAAUUAAAUCCCAUUUGUCUCAAUAAAAUGAAGCUUUUGUAAAACCAUUGCUCUCACUCAACUCCACACUAUCAUGUCCAACAUGGCUUCAUACACUUUAAAUCAGUAUAUUCAGAUGGUGGAAAGAGCUUUCCGAACUUCCCAAGGAACCGUGGUUGCUAAACUGCUGUCCUUAAGAGAUGAACAUGUAGGAAACAGAAACCUGAAAUCCAGUGAUAUUGCCACUCUCGUUGAAGGAAACUGUGUCGCUCCUUUAGACGAAAUCAUCAUUGCUCAUUUACUUUGUGUAAAAGCACUUUUUUACAAAGACUACAUGGGAGCUUAUAAUCACCAGAGUGCCUGUGUCGGAUCUGUUGUAAAAUUACUCCAAGUUCAAAAGGAGGAGAACUGGAGUCUCCCUCUAAUGUAUACAGUUUGUUUAGACUUGCGGCUUGUUGCACAAAAAGCAGAGUGUGCUAAUGCUCAAAGUAAUGGCAAAUUAUUGGAAAAAGCAGCAGAGAGUCUUCUAGCUUGCUUCAGAGUGUGUGCAGCAGACAACAGAUCUUCAGACUAUGAAACAAAAAGGCUUGGAAUGCUAAACCUUGUGAACCAACUACUUAAAGUCUAUUUUCGUAUAAACAAGUUACACCUCUGUAAGCCUUUGAUAAGGGCCAUAGAUUCAUCUCCAUUUAAAGAUCAAUUCCCUUUAGCACAGCAAAUCACAUACAGAUAUUUUGUUGGACGCAAAGCUAUGUUUGAUUCAGACUACCGAUCGGCCGAUGAGUUUUUGUCAUUUGCUUUCCAAAAUUGCCACCGAGCAUGUAGUAAAAACAAGCAGUUAAUAUUAACAUACCUAGUUCCAGUCAAAAUGCUUUUAGGUUAUAUGCCAGCAAAAUGUUUGCUAGAAAAAUAUGAUCUACUGCAAUUCUGGGACUUAGUAUCUGCAGUUAAAAAGGGGGAUUUGCGAGGUAUAGAUCAAGUAAUGGAAGAACAUGAGAGGUUCUUUAUACAGGCCGGGAUCUACUUGAUUGUGGAAAAACUCAAGAUAACAGCCUACAGAAAUUUGUUUAGAAAAGUAUAUUUGGCAGAAAACACCCAUCAGAUUGAUAUAGCGAGUUUUCAAGCAGCUUUACAAAUUAUGGGACAAGAUGAUGUGGAUUCAGAUGAGACUCAAUGUAUUGUUGCCAACCUUAUUUAUGAUGGGAAAAUUAAGGGAUACAUCUCAUACCAACAUAAGAAAGUUGUAGUUAGUAAACAGAAUGCUUUUCCUCCGCUUUCUAGUUUGUAUUAAUAUGUCUAUUUUAUAAGUCAAUUAUUCUUAUGAAUACAUAAAUGAAACAGUAAUGACAAUUAAAUAUUUUUUAUUAAAUCCACAAUAUAUUUCAAAGAAUAAUAUAAAUAUAAUAAAU